CGGCCACUCCUUCACGUCUGAUUACAUCGGCAAUGGAAGGCCUCUCCAGCUGCCCGUUGAUGAAGCUGCCCUAUGAAAUACGACAAUCCAUCUACGACCUCUACUACGCUGAAGCCUCCGAUCUUGUCUUCGGCGUCACUAACAGUAACCGCCUUCGCGUACAUCUCUGGUGCAAAGGCCUUCUCAGUCUACCCCUGGUCUGCAAAGAACUAUACGCCGAAACACUCCCGCUCAUCUAUAGCCAGCCUUGCCUCACUUUCCACGGAUCCUUGGCAUUGUCCCUGUUCGCCAAGAGCGUUCCGCGUCAAAACCUCGCAUGCAUCAGAACCCUCCAUCUUAUAUCUACGCCCUUCAAGGAAAGUCCGCCCGCCAAGGGAAGUCCCCGCAGCCUGGUGAAUGUCGAAUGGCUGCAAGCGUGCGGAAUCCUCGCAGAUCUUGCUGGACUUCGACGCCUCGAGAUCGCUGUGGAUGGAGGUGUCUAUUUACUGGACCCAACGGACCGAUAUGGAAGGCGCAGAAGCAUGCCUGAGCCAUCUGAGAAGAUAUUCCGGAGCGCGUUCGAUCCACUCGUUGCCAUUUCGGCCCCCGUCGACUUUGACGUGUACCUCUAUUGGUCGAAGAAGCCCGCCAAAACGCCCUUUUUCGAUCAUCCUGUCCCAUUUCGCCUUUGGCACAACAAUAAGCAACUGCAAUAGAGGCGGUAUACUGCUAACAGCGGCCGUUGAACGGCACUCGAGUCUUUUGAAACCUUGGGUGGAGUAAGAUCGGGCAUGUCUUAGGUCGUGUGGUCGAAGGCGGUGUGCAUUAAUGAUUAACGAGCUCAAUCUCUACAUCUACGAAUCGCAAGACAUUCCCU